UCGAGAUCGAAUUGGAUGGAAUUGGCAGCACGAACGUCGACAUCAGGAGGCCCCUUUUCCGGUCGGACAGCACACUUUUCAUUUCUUUCGGUAGACGGUAGAGUACUCACAAAAACAGGUCAGUCCACCCGGAAACGCUGUCGAAUCGUCGAGCCCAAACGGACCGAUUCUGAGACCAUCUAUUCGACUCGGGUUUGCAUUCGCGACAGGACAAAAUGGCCUCCUACACUUCCAAGGUUCAACGUACCGCCAACGCCCCCGCCGGCCCCGCCGACGAGAUCGAGAAGACCGUCGCCCAGGCCAUCCUCGACUUGGAGACCAACGUCCCCGAGCUCAAGUCCGAGUUGCAGCAGCUCGCCAUCUCCGCCGCCAAGGAGGUCGACGUCAAGGGAGGAAAGAAGGCCAUCGUCGUCUUUGUCCCCGUGCCCAUGCUCAAGGCUUUCCACAAGGUCCAGCAGAGGCUCACCCGAGAGCUCGAGAAGAAGCUCUCUGACCGAUACGUCGUCUUCGUCGCCCAGCGACGAGUCCUCCCCAAGCCCAAGAAGGGCACCAAGUCUACCCAAAAGCGACCCCGAUCGAGGACCUUGACCGCCGUCCACGAGAAGAUCUUGGAGGACUUGGUCUUCCCCUCGGAGAUUGUCGGAAAGAGGACCCGAGUCGGUGUCGACGGUUCCAAGUUGAUCAGGGCUUUCCUUGACAACAAGGACCAGAACCUCCUCGAGUACAAGCUCGACACCUUCACCUCGGUUUACAAGAACCUCACCGGAAAGGACGUCCACUUCUCCUUCCCCGUAGAGGCCCAGCAGUAAACUUGUCGCUCCCCCACUACACCCCUUCGCUCCUCUCCCCUCCUCUCUCAUGUCCCCUUCGACCUUUUAGACACUUGUAGCUCGUUUUGCCUUUCCGGGUCUUUUGAACCAUGCAUGUUUGAAUGUCAAGGGGUCAAUCAGUGUGUCUAUGGAUGUCUCAAGAUUAGAGUGUAUUGGUCUUGUCGCUGAAAAGAGAAAGGUACGAUGUGGUGUAUUGUCUAUCGUCGUCGCCUACUUCUCUUUCGCCAAGGAAGUGUCGACCUCGGCCGGGCCGGGCCACCUCGGGGGCGAAGAGUGAUCGACGCACGGCUGAGGAGAUGAUUCCGUGCCUGAGAGAGAGAUUCCGGUUCAAACAAGACGGAAAGUUGCG